AUGGGAAAUGGCCAAAAAGCUCAACAUAAAAGAGAAAGAAAUCAAAAAACAAAUGGAGCAAAAAAUACAAGCAGUCAAUUGAAGGCUAACGAAGCCGCAAGAACUGUAAUUUGUCAAGUUUGUCGUAAUACUUUUUUAUGUACUAUAAGAGCAAAAGCGUUAGUAUUUAACCCAAAAAUUUACAAUUAUUAUAUUUUAUAUGGUUUAAUAAUUCAAUUAUAUUCUAGAUUAUCCGAACAUGCAGACAAUAAACAUAGUAAAACGUUACAAGAUUGCUUUCCUGGAUUUGUUGAAAUUCCAAAAAAAUAA